AUGGGACAAGCACAGGACAAGUUUGUGGACGAGCAAAAUGAAGACGGUUCUCAAGAUUCUCCUACUGUGGAAGACUCCGUGAUUACUGAGGCAACUUUUACUGUGGUUGCAUCAGAAUCUCAAGUUCACCAUGAUAUUAGUUUCUCACCGCUUUCUAUCCAAGACACACAACUAAAAAAAACUAGUUCAAAUUCUGUGUUCGGUGAUAUAGAUCCCAGUGGCAUUCGAAGUGAAAAAGGAAAGUUUUUCGCUUCAGAUGUCAAUGGUCACAUUGAUUUGGCAGAGAAUGAUGAUAAUUUUACUAUUCACUUAACCAGCUCCACAAUAGAUUUCUCAAAUAAUUCACUCGCGAGUUCACUUGCGAACUUAACAAUUCGAGAUUCACCAUCAUUGGACAGUAUAACAACAGCGUCUGUUGUGCAAGCGACAACAGUGAAAAAUACUGUCAAAGAAACACGUAAUAGCUUAUCUCGAACUAUUGAAGAAAAUUAUAAUCCGGCUGUCGAGGAAACAUCCGGUUCAAUUAAAAUAGCAGACACAACAGAAUCAACUC